CACACAACAUAAAAUCCAAAAUCCAAUUCGGAUACUAAUAAAAAUACUUGCAAAACUAUCCAUCCUCUUUUCCAACGAUCACCAUGAAGCUCGCUGUAACCCUUUUGCUUGCUCUAUUUGCCGUCGCAACCGGGUACGUUUAAUAAAUCUGCAUACUGAUGCCUUUGGCRAGAACUUGAUACAUUAUGCUCUCGGUUGAAAUACUCGUCUAACUUAGUGUUGUCUGUCGUUCACACUACAACGCGGAAAAUCAAUGACUGCGAUGACAAAAUAUAAUAUGUUACUCUUUUUCGUCCAAUCGCAGGCAGACUACCAAUACUAAGGUCUUCUUCGAUAUAGAUAUUGGAGGGACCGCAGCGGGACGCAUUGUAAUGGGUCUCUUCACCGAAGAUGUUCCAAAAACCACUGAAAACUUCCGCGCCCUUUGUACUGGUGAAAAGGGAGUCGGAAAAACAGGAAAGCCUCUGCAUUUCAAGGGCAGCACAUUCCACCGAAUCAGUGAGUCAUGAUAAUUUCUCUGAAGUUGAUGUUUGAU